GCCAGAUAAUUAGAUUUAUGUGUGCAUGUGGCCUCAAUAGGAGCCUCGGGAGGAGUGUUUCACUUCUCCUCUCAGCAGUAAAGUGAUUCAUUAGGCCUCGGGCAGGGAGGACUGUUUCAUCAUGGAGUACCUCACAAUGACACAUAAUCUCCCCCCCCCACAGAUGUAAGAGCAUAAUGAAUGUGGCACGUGCAAAACUGGACCUCAUUAAGCCUGAGGAGGUCAACAUGGAUGAAUAUGAGAUGUGGCAUCAGGCCUACCGGAAUUUCCGUGAGACAACCAUCUCCAUGAUGACUGGCUUGGAGCUCUUUCAGAAGACCAAUUACAUAGAUGCUCUGAUGUAUCUGAUUUACGCGUACCAGUACAACAAGGAGCUUCUGUCUAAAGGGCUUUACAGAGGGCACGACGAGGAGCUCCUGGGUCACUACCGUCGCCAGUGUUUGCUGAAACUGAACGAGCAGGCGGCGGCCAUGUUUGAGUCUGGAGAAGAGGCGGAGGUGAACACGGGUCUGGGCAUCAUGAACGAGCUGGUGGUGCCCUGCAUCCCUCUGCUGCUCAUCCACGACACGGAGAGGGACCUGCUGGCCGUGGAGGACAUGAGAAACCGCUGGUGCUCCUACCUGGGCCAGGAGAUGGAGUCCAACCUCCAGGAACGCUUGACCGACUUCCUCCCCAAGUUACUGGACUGCUCCACGGAGAUCAAAAGCUUCCACGACCCCCCCAAGCUGCCCACCUUCUCCACCCUGGAUCUGAGUGAGCGCUUCAGUCUCGUCAUGGCCGCCAUGGGCCGAGUGCCCACUGAGGGGAGAUGAGCGCGGGGGGGGGCUGGCCGGACACCUCCCUCGUCACAGGCACACAUCCAUGGACCUCUCUUAACCCAUGCCUUCCUUCUAAAGCCAGUGGUCUCUUGCUUCUAGCUCUUAUUCCUCUGUUACUCUUUGGCUGCUAUAGGUUUUAUCAUUAUAAAUAUGAUUUCCUCUUUAUUUGAAGCAAAACACAGGAAGGAGGCUGGACUGUUGAAGAAAGGAGAUGGAGGAACAGUGGCAGUGCAGUGGUUGAAAGCCAAGCAAAUUUUGCUUCAGCUUUGAGAAAAACAAACAUAAACAAGGGUUUUUCAUAGUUAUUAUUGUUGUUGUUGCAGUUUGAUUCCAGCUUUCCCCACCGCACACACAGCCCUUUCUAAAGCCCCCUCAUCUCCCCGCUGCUCUGCCUCCAGUUUGGUACAGUAUUAACACGUUUUGUUUUACUUUUCUAAGGAAGUAAGGAAGAGAGCCUUCAGAUUUAUCAGCGGCUCAGGGGACCUCCCAGGGGUCUCGUGUUUGUGGACUGAGCCAGAAUGAGAUGUUUUCAGUGCUGUGGUAGACAGCCAUGGACAUCCUGUGGCUUGUAAAUCGAGAGAAUAAAGUUUUAUUUAUGGCCCUUUUAGGCCGAAUAAACUAAUGUUUUUGCCUGAU